AUGGACCACGAUACAAAUGCGGGACCCAGUUCGGGCCCGUACAUCUACAAAGCGCACCAGCAUUGUGGCGAACCUACCCGAUCUGCAACGCACCGCCCGCCGCUACAACGAGAAGGGGGCGUGUGGCCGGAGCGUGGACCGGGCACCCCAGAAGUGACGCUUGUGUGGGAUGACGCACAGCUGACUCCGCAGCGCGAAAGCUUUGCUUCCGAUGCGAGCGUACAGUCGCAUCGGCGAUUUGCCUCCUUGCGCAACAUUUUCACCAAAAUCAACCCCGCACAAAGUGUGCACAACAGCAGCCGUGCCGUUGUACACAAGUUUGCCAAGAAUGCAUCUCCAUCGCGCAGCACACAGCUUAUUAUGCCUUCGGCGAGAAAAGGCGCCAUGUCGAUCCUCAACGACAACAGUCCGCCACUCUCGCCUGUAUACGACGAAUACGGCAGCGACGGCGAAUCUGAGAUCCGUACUAUCAGCUCCACCACCUCUUCGCCAUUCCCGCGGCAGCACUAUAUGCCGCGCCAUGCAUGGAGCGCCGCCCAAGCUGCUGCGGACGCUGCUGCUGCGGACGCUAGUCCAGUCUUGUUUGAGUCUCCCCACUUUGUGUCCGAGAAACAGCUUGGCAAAGCGCCCGAGUCGUGGCUAAGCACAGCCGAGCCUAUGGCACUUCCGACGAUGCACCGCAUGAACUCACCGAGUGGCCGCUCUUCUACAGCGCCUUCGCUCACCUGGAGCGCCGACGACGAUUCCUUGCAUGGACUUCGCCACGGAAAUGGCCGCGUGUCGGCCCUUUUUCGCCUCUACUACUUUUUCAUGGCCAAGAUGCGCACCUCAACACUGCGUGCUGACGUCCAUUCGACGACGCAGUCGUUUUCUUUUGCGGCGCUCGCGCCGCAUGUAUGGAAGUUGGCGCUGCUUGCGCUCACCUUUGUCGUCGCGACGGGUUUCCUCGGCGUCUGUCUAAGCACCUUACCUCUUCAUUUGCCCACACAUUUGACACAGUUGACGCUCACGGAGAUCCGCGACAUGUGUGAAGCACUGAGCGCCUAUGCGCGCAGCAGUCGGUCCGCAUCCCUGCACGUAUUUGUCGUCCUCUCCAUCUUUUUUACGUGGAAGCAAGCGUUUUGCGUGCCGGGCAGCUUGAUCACCAACAUUGUUUUUGGUGCCAUGUAUGGUGCAUAUGCAGGUGCUUUUUUCGCCUGCAUAUUCACUGCUGUUGGCGGUGUGCUGUGCUAUUUAUUGUCUGUGCCUAUUGCGAAUGUCGUCUUGCUUGUCCCGGGCAUUGCAAAGCCAUUGCACUCGAUGCGCCGAGCACUUGCCUCGACGAUGAGUACAAGCCGCGGCGGCGGCGCGCGCAAUAUCCCACGCAACCUUUGGUCCUACCUGCUCUUUUUGCGUCUCCUCCCCAUUGUGCCGUACGGGAUGAUGAACAUUGCGUGCGGUGUACUUGGCGUGCCGCUUCUUCCCUAUGCGUUGACGCUCUUUGUAGGCAGUCUUCCCUGGAAUUUCUGUACCGCACAAAUCGGCGAGAUUUUGCAGGAUGUCGUUUCUGCCAUUCAGACGCAAGUGCACAUUGUCUCGAGCAGUGCCAUGGUCGCAGAUACGCACGAAGCAACCACUGCAACCACCGGCCCCGAUUCGUUUCUUGCGAGCGGGACGCUGAGCGUGAUUGUCGAGCGGAUUUGGACCGUGGAUAUGAUGGUGAAGCUUGCAUUGCUGAGUCUUGCGAGUGCACUGCCGAUUGUGCUACAGCGCUAUUUUGGCAAGAAGGAGGAAGAGACGGAAGAAGAAGUGGUGCUUACAUCGAUCAGCUAA